AUGACUGAAACAGAGAAAAAAUAUAAUGUUGAUAAUAUUGCCUAUAAUAAAAUUCACCUUAUCUCACCUAGGAUUAGAAGUCAUGUAAACCUUAUAGAUUUCUCAAAAUUUUUCACUGUAGAUGCUACUAUUUCUUAUGGAACCUCAACUGAUAAGCACACUGAAGUUGAACAAUUAUAUAAUUUACUAGUAAUAACGCCUUUAAGCCUAUCAACUUUAGAACAACUUGAGAGAAUAUAUGAUGGUGAAUUUAAAGUUAUUUGCGAAAUGAUAAAAAUAACCAAUUAUGCAAGUAGCAGUAAUAGUGACAAUAGUAAUAUUUCAGAAGGACCUGGUGAAAAUAAGAUAAACAAUAGAAAAAGAUAA